AUGACGACUAAUUUUCAUGAUGAGAAGCUCGAUAGAGAGGCGGAGGUCGAUGUCGAGGCUCUGGAUUCCGAUCAGGAUAGCACGACACAGGCGAUCAAGGCCCUCGUCCAGGAAGACCAUGGCCACGAUAUCAAGCUGCGCACUAUGUCCUGGCAACGCGCCGCAUGGCUGCUCGCGGGAGACCAAAGCGUCCUCGGCUGGGUCCCUGGCAUAAUCACCAUGCUCGUCGCCGGCGCACUCUUUUACAUCACCUCCCUAACGAUGCACAAAUUCAUCAUGAAGCAUCCCGAGAUCCGCGACAUCUGCGACUUCGGCUACCACGUCUUCGGCAAAUCGAAGAUCGCGUACGAAUUCACCGCCGUCAUGUUGCUCCUCAACAACAUCAUGCUCAUUGGUUUCCACGUCCUGACGGGCGCCAAGGUGCUCAACACGCUGUCGGACCACUCCAUGUGCACGGUGGCGUUUAGCGUUAUCGUUACUGUCAUGGGCGUGGUGAUGAGUUUGCCUAGGACGCUGAAUCAUGUGAGCUUCAUGAGUAUGUUCAGUGCUGCGUGUAUGGGUAUUGCGAUUCUGCUGUUCCUUGUCUUCGCUGGGAUCGAGGACAAUCCGCUGUACGGCUACAAUGGCGUUUUCCCCAAGGAGCGGGACCGGUCAAGACGUAUGCGUUUCCGCUCGAUGGGAACGACGUUUGUGGCUGUCAUGAAUGCGGUUCUCAACAUUACGUUCCUUUGGGUUCCGCAAAUUUUGUUCCCGACCUUCAUUUCGGAGAUGGAGAGGCCUCAGGAUUUUCCCAAAGCGUUGGCAGUACUCGGUGGUAUCUCAGCAGUCUUGUUCAUCAUCCCGCCAGCGAUUGGAUUCCGGUAUCUCGGACAGUAUGCGACUGCUCCAGCAUUCGGCAGCUUGGGUCCAGUCGUUUACAAGAAGGCUUCGUUUGCAUUCGUCAUUGUUCCUACGCUGGUCAUCGGAGUCAUCUACGCCAACGUCAGUGCCAAGUUCGUGUACAACCGCAUCAUGGGCAAGAGCAGGCACGCGCACAGCAACACAGUUGUCGGAUGGGGAGUGUGGAUCGCCGUCAUGGCUAUCAUCUGGACUAUCGGCUUCAUCUUCGCCGAGGUUAUUCCUUCGAUGGGUGACUUUCUGUCGCUACUUGGGGCGGCUUUUGACUCGUUCUUCGGCUUCAUCUACUUUGCCAUUGCCUACUGGCAACUGUACAAGGGCAACUUGUUCCGCGGGGCUAGCAGAAGCGUGAUGACUGUCAUUCACAUCUUUGUAAUGUUUUGCGGCUUGUUCCUGCUUGGGCCCGGGUUGUAUGCUGCUGUUGAGGCGAUUAUCGAUGACUAUGCUGGUGCAGUCAAGCCAGCGUUUAGUUGCGCAAACGUUGCGAUAUAG